ACUGUCAAAAACAAAUUAGAGGUGAUUUGUUUUACUAGUAAUUAGACUUAAUUAUUAUUCCUGUUAUUUAAGAACUUUUGUAGAGAAAAAUUAUUAUUUUAUUACGGUAAUUAACGGAAUUAUCUAGGACUCGUAUAUUUUUUAAAUUAAACGUUAAGGUCAACUUCGCUACUUGGUGAUAAUCAAUUUAAAAUCGAAGAUAAAAUAGAAGAUCUAGAACAACAAUCACAAUAAAUCACUAUGGCUUAUCAAGGAUAUGGUCAACCAGGUUAUGGACAACCACAGGGCGGACAAUUGGAAGUGGGACAUGGUCCUUAUCCCUCAAUCGGUCCUGGAGGCAACGUCUCACCUCAAGUGGUGCAAUGGUUUCGCGCUGUGGAUAAAGAUCAAUCGGGAUAUAUAACAGCGGUUGAAUUAAAGGCCGCUCUAGUUAACGCACAGGGGCAAACAUUUUCUGAAACUGCUUGUAACUUGAUGAUAGGAAUGUUUGAUAAGGACCGUUCUGGACACAUAAACGUUGAAGAGUUUGAAAAAUUAUAUACUUACAUUAAUCAGUGGUUAGCAGUGUUCAAAACAUACGAUACGGAUCAGUCGGGACAGAUCGACGAACAGGAAUUAUCCAAAGCUUUGACACAAAUGGGAUUUCGAUUUUCGCCGGAAUUUAUCAAUUUUCUGUCGAAAAGAAGUGACCCUGACGGAAAAAUUUCGGUUGAUAACUUUAUUGUGUUAUGCGUCCAAGUCCAACGCUUUACUGAAGCAUUUAGAGCCAGAGACACUCAACAAAAUGGAACUGUAACUAUUGGAUUUGAAGAUUUUCUAAAUGUAGCAUUGAGCUGCUCUAUAUAAUUAAAUUGAUUCCAUGCAAAAAUUGAGUUCACGCAAAUUAAAGUUUUGUUGUAGAAUGGAUGAAAAGUACUAAGAAUUAAAGUUUGAAAAAAAAAAUAUCUAUGGGAUUAAAAUAUGAAUAAAGGCCAACAAAAUGUUCAGCUUCAAAGUCACAAAUCAUCUUUUGCUUGUUCUGCUACAAUUCAGAUAUAUGAUUCUGAAGCAUCUUAUUUUAGAACAACUGAGUAAUGCUGUUUUUGAAAGUCACAUAUUUCGUGCUUAAUAAUAAUUACUUGAAGGAUGAGGUCCUAAGAUAUUUAGAAGAUACUGAGAUAAUACGACAUACAUAGACGAAUGGAUCUGACCAAUUACUGAAAAUUAUAAUAGAGAUAUAUUUUAUGUGCAUUUUUUAUUAAUUAAUAAAAAUAUAAGAGAA